AUGGAAUUGAGCCUCUAUCAUGAAUAUCUGCUUUACUUCUAAAUGUUCCUGAAUCUUAGACUGAAUCAUUAUUAAUUCUAUUUAAUCCUAAGAAAAAUGAAGAUUCAGUUUUUCUAAAUGAAUUCUGCUUAAUUAUAGGUACCUUAUUAAUUUUAACAGGACUUAGAGAAGUCUAUGUGGAUUCUGAUAAUGCAGGAAGAAGAACCUUUUUUGAUUGAACAAUUUUAAGAUUUUUCUUUGGAGAUUCGGGAUCAAUUGGAAUGAUUGCUUGUUCAUUAUCCAUGCUUAAUUGUUAAUGAAAUUUGAAAAUUUUAAAUUCUUGAGUAGAUUCAUUAGUUUGAUUAAGAAUUGCAUUUAAGCGAUAAUGCUUAUCUUUUUAAGGUAUGUUAU